AGUACAUCAGCGGCGGAAACAGUUCGGAUUCUUCCUGUUGCCAUGUAAAGAAAUACGUGGUUUUGAGUGUAAUUUAUCGCCACUACUGACCUGAAGGCCUAUAUGGGCUGCUCUUAUGUAUGUAAGUCUAUGUAUGACCAGCUGUGACCAUGAAAAGACGUGAGUUAUUCACCACGAUACUCAUCUUUGCCAUCGUAAACAUAUUAGUCCUGGGACACAGAUUCAUCCGUUUCCGAGUGCAGGAGGCGGUCACCAGCCAAGCCAAGCCAUUCGUUAACUGGCACCAGGAGGUCUCGCGCAGGACUGGACUCGGCGCGUUGGACUUGAAACCGGAAAAUGAACCGCAACUGAUCUCGUACAUCCGCCACGUGUUAAUGAAGCGUCCGUCGAAGGGUCCUUACGUCCUUGGGCAUCGGGGCAACCUCACUUCCCCCUUCCAAGAGGACCAGAAGCUGCAGGAAUAUUUGAAAAAGAUGGCCGGCGGUGUGUUCGUGGAAGCGUACGCUGGUGACGGAGAGAAGGAAACCUCCACCCUGUUCCUCGAACGAAACGCAAGUUGGAACGGCCUGCUGGUGGAGCCGGACCCCGCCCUCUACGCUUCCUUGCUAGAGAAAGGCCGAAAAUCCUUCAGCGUCAAUUCCAACUUGUCUCUCUCCUUAACGAAUUUUACUUCACGGAGUAUCGAUUCAGUAAAGGAGGGAAAUUCCACCUUGCCACUUUACACCCUUGUUAGAGCGAUGGGCAUGCCUGAAAUCGACUUCCUGUGUCUUCACACUGGCGGUACAGAACUUCAGAUACUACAAACGUUCCCCUGGAUCAGUAUGAGCGUGCGAAUCAUAAACGUUGAGUAUUCAAACGUUCCCGGCAACAUUUCGGCCGUGAAGACCUUCCUCGAGGACAAGGGCUUCGACCUCACCAACAUGCAAGAGCACAGCGCCACCUUUGUCAGGAAAGACUUCAUGGAUGAACUGAUGGGCACGACGAAGGCAGUCCAUGCCCGAAAGACUUUGGCGAAAAGAGGGAAAAAAGGGAAAGCUUACUUCGUAGUCAAGCGAGGAACAUAAGUAAUUGUGUGUUGUCUAAACGCACAUGCAUACACACCAUACACACUCGUGCGUAUUCUGUGUUACUAUGUGUUAAGAAAAAAAUCCACAUUUAUGUCUUUUGAACACAAAUUUACCAGAUUAUCUUAUGUUCAUAUAUUUAUUUUAUGCCUUAUAUAUGAUGUAUGCAUAAGUGAUAUUAAUUUCUGUUCUAAAAAUAAACAAUAAUGAAGUUACAAAAUGA